AUGAGUCAAUCUCAAAAUGAGCGGUAUAAUGGCCAACCACCGGUCAUGGCGGGGUCUGUUAAAAGAGCGAGGGAGAUGGCUAGAGCAAGAGAGCUGGCUAGAGAAAGAGAGAUGGCCGAAGCGAGCGGGGCAGGGGGAAAUAUAACACCGUCUCCAGAACCUCCAUCCAUAAGACGGCCUCAAGUGCCUCCGGGACUACAACUUAGGGAUGAACAAGGGCAGAUAGAAAUGGCAAUAUCGAGACCCACACCACUUGCCCAGUGGCCGCUGGCCGGGCCCGUCGCGGCACCGUUACCUAGUGAUUCAGAGCCAUACCGACCGCCACCUGGCAGAUCGCAACCGCCCCCACGCCCUCCACGUCCUAGCAGAGUACCUUCAAUUCUAGACGGUUCUCGUAUUCAGGAACACACGCCUAUCUUCCAAUACACGCCUCAGAACGCUAGAGCAUCGGAGCUGUCCGCACCCGAGACAACACAAAGCGAAUCAUUGAGACUGUCGACCAACUCUUCAGUCGGAACGAUUCCCGAUUUUCCAUUGCCGGUGGCUACGGAUUCGCUAACCCCGACAAGGAGAAGUUCAAAUCUAGGUCCGCCGCCAUCCUCAAGGAGAGGAGCCUCGUCGUUUUAUUCAACUAUAUCGUACGUUUCGCCGAUACCAGAAGAGAGCCCGAGAACGCGAUCACGUACUUCUUAUGCGUCUAGCGCGGCGAUACCAGAAACCUUUGAGAGUUACUCGCCAGGAUACAGUCCGGGCGCGGUCUCUAUUAACGACACGAUAGCGGAGGAGUCCUUUAUUGACGACGACGCGGAUGAAAGUAGCCUAGUUAGGAGUGCGAGCAUUGGAAAGAGGGGAAAGCCGGCUUUGAUAACCACAAGGAGUUUUGAAAAGAGGGAUUCGAUGCUUAGACCUGGACCGGCGCCGAUCCAGGGCGGACCAUUCCGAGACGGCACUGGAUAUAUCGAGGCCUCAUCGAGCUCGUCCGGAAAUAUUUCUAGAGAGGCCGUCGGUGCUGGCGUGACUGCGGAUAAUAUGCUGAACGCUUUUGAAAGUGCUAGCGCCACAGAUCCUUCAUUGACACGAAAUAUUGCCCCAUCACCGAGACCAUAUAAUAGACUUUCCGCGAUUCGACGUCCACCACGUCUUGAUAUUGAUGCAGUAAGAGCUGCCGAGGCUAGAGGGAGCUUGACAAGCUUGCCGGAUCUAAUUCGACGGGCGACGAGGCUAGCAUCGCUGAUGGAUAGAGGCCGUAGACCAGCAAGCCGUUUUGACGAUCUCGACUUUCCGGAGGAUAUCUAUGGCAGCGAUCCUGAGAAGGAUCUUCACUAUAAUAAUAAUAAUAAGCAUCAGUCCGGACUGUCUGAUAUGCUGGCGGCAUUUCCGCCCCCGGCGACUCGAAGUGGGGUACGAAAGAGCAGAGUGUCCACUGCUUGGCCGUUGGGUCGAAUGUCGUUCCGCGGCCCACCAGCAGCAACAGAACCGGGUGUUGAUCCUGAACCUGAACCGCAGAAGAAGGGGCGCCGUUGUUGCGGGUUGCCCAUGUGGACUUUCUUUGCGCUGGUCAUCAUCUUAUUAUUCGUUAUAGCCGCUGCGAUUAUUGUUCCUGUCAAACUUCUCGUUGUUGACAAGGCGGCCGAAAAAAGUGUAGCGCAACCGGCUAUUUCAAACUGCGAGGCGCAGCUAAAUUGUGCUAAUGGGGGCACAAACGUCGUUGUGCAGGGUGUCUGUUCUUGUAUCUGUUCCAACGGUUUCACUGGGGCGAACUGUACAGUUCCUACUUCUCAGGGUUGCACUACAACAUCGAUCAGCAUGGAAGGCUCCAAUAUCAAUAACGUAACUAUUGGCCAGGCAAUUCCUCGUCUUAUCAGAGAUGCGCAGAGCAAUUUCUCGAUUCCUCUGGUUGCCACGUUGAUACAGUCAAAAUUCAACAAAGAAAGUCUAUCUUGCAAUACGGAAAAUGCGUUGGUAACUUUUAACGGGCAAUCUCUUGGAGCCUCGGCUGAGGUCUCUGGCAUUAGUUUAAGCCCUAAUCUUGCGCAGGCCGCCGUAGCUGCUGAGGAUGUCUCCAUUACCCUCAGUGUUUUUCCGGAUGUUGAUAUCACAUUGACGGUUGAAAAUCCGGCAGAGACUGGCGCGUUUACUGGGAGUUUCGUGGUGACUACUCUAACUAACCCGACUACGAUUUCUGGAUCUACUCUAUUCGCUACUACCAUAACACAUAGCGACUCCAAGCGAUCUUCACCUACUCCGUACCCUACGACAGCUCCGACAACACCACCUGCCUCGACUACUACUAUUGCCCCAAGUAGUACAAGCUCGGCCCCCACGCCAAGUUCAACUUUUACUGUCACUGAGGAGGUUGUCGACUUUGCACGCGUGGCUAUGCUUUAUAUUUUCCAAGAAAAAACACUGUCCGAUGCAGUAACUGCUCAAUCCUCAGUCCAGAGCUUUUUUACGGACGUAGACGCCGGUUGUAACACGUCUUCUUGCGUGACGAUGGAGCAAGGAUUAAAUGUCACUCUUGGCGGAGGGAACACGAUUGAUUUCGUGAACCUAUUCGUCGACAUAGGCAAUGGACGGGUCGGAGGUGGCAAGAAUUAA